AUGAAUUUCUGGUGGUUUUUCGAUUGUCAGUACUGUUGGGGACACGAAUGUUGGAUCAGUGUAUGCGCUGACUAUCCGUACCAUUGUUUUGAUCGAUGCUAUCCCAUGGAUCUGAUCGAUGACCAAGAAAUCCAUAAUUCAUACCAUGAGAUAUAUCUGGGAUCAGCUUUUCUAGUCAACCGAUAUAAAACCGAUACCAUCACCGAUGAUAAUGUUUACGAAAUAUUAGCAAAAUUAUAUAUAUUUGAUAAUUAUCGACAAUAUUAUCUGAAAUCAAUUGAAUGUUUAUUUUCUAAUACUAGUGAUAAUACUAUUUUUAGUAAAAAUGUUCAAAAAAAUUCAAUUCAAUUGAAAAGUACAGCAAAAGUCAUACAAACGGGUGACUAUAUCGACGAAAAUGAUUCAUCGAGAAUCCAAUGUCGACUAAAUAACCGAAUUUCGGCCAAAUAUGUGUCUAUUGUCGACAAACUUACUGAUAAAAUCCUCGGCCAACCUAUUGUUAUCAAUAAUAAUAAUAAUAACUAUCAAACAUAUAGUCAACAACACCUAUCGGCUGAUCCAUUAGUGACGACAACCAUCAGCAGCAGCAGUCAAUCGCCGCCGGCUAUUGUUGUCUGUGUCCGUCCAUUGUUUAAUUCAUACGAUUCAAUCCGGUCGCUGAUUGAAUUCAUUGGUUAUUAUCGGUCAAACGGUGCCGACAAAAUUGCCAUUUAUGUUGAUCGGGCAUCCGAUCGGGUAAUGAAUCUAUUGGCAGAAAUGUCAUCGUUUGUAGAUCUAAUUCAUUGGCAUACAGUAGUAGACGACGACAGCGCCGACGGUGAUGGUAGUGGUGGUGGUAGUGGUCGACAUGUUUUAGGUAACGGUACCAUCAAUCAGGUGUUGAUGUCCGACGACUGCUAUCAUCGAUAUCCGUCAAUGAUCUUAAUCUAUGUAGACAUCGAUGAAUUUAUGGUACCAUUCGGUAGUGGUCAUCAUCAUCGGCGGCGGCAAUCGUUACGCGAAUAUAUAUUAGACGAGUAUUUCGGUGACCCGAAGUUGGCCGCUAUAGGCGUUAGUAAUGUAUUUUUUUGUUGCGAAUUCAAUCAGAAAUAUUUGAAAAAAUUUCCCCGAAUUUUCCAUCAUUUCCGACGCGAAUCAAAUGUCUGGUCAAACGGUUUUCGUACGAAAUUUAUUGUUUUGCGGCCAAACUUAGUGGACGUGGUUUACGUACAUUCGCUAACAUUGGACAGACAACUGGCCAACGAUUCGUACUUCAAAUAUGCCGACACCAAUGAUAUACUAAUGUUUCACUACCGGAGCUGUUGUUCCCAAAUGACUGGUCGGACACCCCUAUGGAAUGGUAUACUAUCUGUUCGUAUACUUACCGAUAAUACUGAAAUCGAUACCAGAAUUAUGCGAUUUAGUCGUGACGACAACAAUAAUGAUGAUAAUCAACAGUCCAUGGAUUUACUAUUUAUACUGUCUAUCGGUUUGUUAGCCAUUAUACUAAUACUAAUGUGUAUUAUUUGGCUGUUGUGUAAGUAUUGUUGCGGUAAUAAUAGCGGCGAUGGACAACACCAACAACAACAACAACCAAACAAAGUUGGCGGCAAAUAUCGAUUGGUUGGCAGCAAAAAACCACAACAAAACAGUCAAGGAUUAUCUGCUGAAUCUUCAGGCAGUGAUCUUCAAUCGAUGGAUGGUUUGAGCGCCGGUGGAUCACAGUUAGGAUCACACCAGUCAUCAUGGGUUGGACCGCAACUGAGAGGCGAUUCGGGAACUAAAAUCAAUCCAAUGGUUUCGGGAGGAUUCGAUGUAUCGGACAGUUCCCAGUUAGUCAACGAUAGGACUGUCCAUUCAUCGGUACCGAUGCCCAUGAGAUUGAUUGAACCCGAUAGUGUCGGGUCGUUGUCGUCCACUGGACAACAACAACAACAACAAUCACCGCCAAACAAGAGGUCACCGACCCGUAGACAACAACAACAGCUAACUUCUAGUACAUCACAGGUGGCGAUGUCAUCAUCUACUGGACAACAGCAACAACAACAGCGGACUAACACCACAUCACAGAUAAAUCCUAUGGUUUCGGGAGGUUUUGAUGUGUCCUCAACACCAUUAGCAACCAGUGAGGCCAACAAAAGUAGGUCACCGCCAAAGUCCAGAUCACCGACAAAGAAGUGA